AUGUCGCCACGGAUGGUGUUAUACAAGCUGGUGGUGCUAGGCGAUGGUGGUGUCGGCAAGACAGCUCUGACUAUUCAACUAUGUCUACAACAUUUUGUCGAAACUUACGACCCGACAAUUGAGGACUCGUACCGAAAACAGGUCGUCAUAGACGGCGCAGCAUGCAUGCUUGAAGUCCUAGACACGGCCGGCCAGGAAGAAUACACCGCCCUGCGAGACCAGUGGAUCCGAGACGGCGAGGGUUUUGUCUUGGUAUACAGCAUCUCCUCCCGAUCAUCUUUCUCCCGAAUCAAGAGGUUUCACCACCAGAUCCAGCGAGUAAAGGAGUCAUGUCAAUCAUCACCAACCUACCCAGGCUCGCCGAUAGCCGCUGCAGUGCCUGCGAGUGCCGUACCUGUCAUGCUUGUGGGCAACAAGAGUGAUCGCGUGACGGAGAGAGAGGUGUCGACACAAGAAGGACAUGCCCUAGCGCGAGAGCUGGGCUGCGAGUUCGUCGAGGCAUCAGCCAAAAACUGCAUCAACGUUGAGAAGGCCUUCUAUGACGUCGUCAGGAUACUGCGCCAGCAACGAGAAGCCUCACAGCGGCCACAACAGAAUGCCACUGGUCGCCGAGAGCGAACCCAAAACGGGGAUGCUCGUCCCGAACGCGACCCCAAUCGAUAUAGGAGAAGGACCUCUGGUCGUGGUGGCGGAGGGAAGUGCGUGAUAUUAUGA